UCUAUCUUGUCUAUUAGUAGUUAUGGUCGCGAUCGCAAGUCAAAUGGACGCAUGUACUUUUUGAAAAAGAUUUUGUUGAUAAACUUAACAAUAAAGUAAUCGGUUUCUCACGGAAAGUAAUUACGGGGAGAGCUGACCGCACAGGCGAUUAACAUUAGUGGUAUGCAUCGCUGAGGGAUAAAGCCACGUCCUCUGGAAGACUCAAUCGGCCACAUCUCGCAAUCACAUUAAGCGGUCAUUGCUGCAGCCUGCGGAGCUCCAGGCGCUAGUGAAAGUCGGGCUCGUAUGGAGCCGUGGAGAAAAUGCGUUUAAAGUGAAAUCUGUGGUGAAGUGAAGUGUUUUGAAUGGAUAACGUAAACUUUGACGCGAGCGGCGAGGACAUCGAGCGGGCGCUCAUGGACCUGGGCCCGCUGCUCGGCGUCGCCAUCAAGGAGGAGGCGCCGGACGAGCUGGCCGCGCCCGCGGCGCCCGCCGCUCCGCCCAGCGUGGUGAGCGCGUGCGAUGGCGCCGAAGGCGAGCGGCCCGGCGCCGACUCCGGCGAGCGCGCGGACUCGCUGGCCUCCCCGCGCGCCGGCGCCGGCGCCGCGCUGUCCGCCGCGCGCUGCGCGCUCUGCGGCACCGCGCUAGCGCUCGCCCACGGCACGCCCAAGCUCAUGGAGUGUCUGCACUCGGCGUGCGAGCCGUGCAUCAACGCCAAGAUCGAGGAGAAGCAGGCCUCGAGGGACUUCUGCGGUGGCGACCGCAUCACAGUGCAGUGCCCGGUGUGUCGACUGCAGUGCCAGCCCGCCAACAUGAUCGACCAGCGUUUUGUGCUGGAGAAGAUGUGCCCGGACACCCCGCCCGCAGCCGCAGAGCGCGACCAACACUGCAGCAGCUGCGAGGAGCCGGAGCCGGCCACCAGUUACUGUACAGACUGCGCAGAGUUCAUUUGUGACAGCUGCGUGCAGGCCCACCAACGGUUAAAAAUCACAAAAGACCACACAAUCAAGAGCAAGGAGGAGGCGAUACAAGAGCAGCAGGCGUCGCAGCCCGGCGCGCACGACAUGUUCUGCACGGAACACCCGCAGGAACGGCUAAGCCUGUUCUGCGAGACGUGCGACCGCCUAACGUGCCGCGACUGCCAGCUGCACCACCACCGCGACCACAAGUACCAGUUCAGCACGGAGAUGGCCCAGCAGGCUCGAGCGCACAUAGCAUCGCUACUGUCCGAGGUGUCGUACAAGCGCGUGCUGCUGGGGUCCGCCAUGAAGGUGAUCCGAGAGAGACAAGUGCUCAUCGCCGACAAGAAGAAGGCGCUAGUGCACGAGAUCACGCAGACCGUCGUCAAACUAACAAAUGCUAUAAACACGCGCGGCAAGCAGCUGGUACUGCGACUAAACGAAGUGUGCGACGGCAAACAACGCACGCUGAGCGAGAAGAAAGAUGCGUUAGAGCAGCUCGCCAAUAUCACAGACCACUGCGUAGAAUUCGUCAGCGCUGCGCUGCAGCAGGGCAGCGAUACAGCGGUCCUAUACAGCAAGCGCGCUGUAUGUGCACACCUACAGCGUAUUAAAAGCCGGCGUGCUGACAUCCCCAACCCCGAGAUCCCUGUUCGCAUCGCAUUGGCCUUGGACAAGUUACCCGAUCUUGUUAAAGUCCUGUCUUCUAUCGGGGCCAUAGUGGUGGACGGCAAGGUGGACGGCGGCGGCGCGGCGGCGCAGGGCCCCUACCACCCCCCGCCUCACCCCCCUCACCCCGCGCAGCAACCACCCCCGCACCCCCCUCACCCCGCGCAACAACAACCCCCGCAGCCCGCCGCCGCCGCCACCGCCGUCAGCGCCGCGCUGCACCACGCCGCCGCCAUGCAGCAGCAGUCGUACGCGAACUCGGGCAUGGGCGGCGUGGGGACGGUGGGCGGGUACAUGUCCGCGCUGGCGUCGCUGCGCACGCGGCCGCACGCUGCGCACGCGCACCAGCACCAGCACCAGCACCAGCACCAGCUGCAGCACACGCCGCUGCGGCACGCGCACGUCACCUCCACCACGCACCCGCACCAUCUACACGGUAUGAGCGAGCUGAAUUUGCGUGGACUGUUAAAUCAAGGGUCGGGGCGGGGCGCGGCGCGCUCGCCCUUACAGCCGCAUCCCGCCAUGCACCAUUAUCAGCAGAUGAUGGGCGCUUAUGCGAACAGCGCGUACGCGGCGGCAGCCGCGGCGGGCGGCGGCGGGGGUGGGGGCGCGGGCGCGGGCGGGGGCGGGGGCGGGCGACGCUCGGGCGGGCCGCGCACCCCGUCCCCCGCGCCCCCGCCGCCCCACACCCCGCCCCACGUCCCCGCCGCGCCCGCACCGGCCAAGUGGCACAUCCCGCAGCAGGGGCUCGUCAACGGUGGGUUCGACAUGUCGUCCCUGUCGCACGGCGCGGGCGCGGUGUCGCCGGCGGGUGCGGGUGCGGGGGCGGGCGCGGGGGCGGGGGCGGGGGCGGACUUCAAGAUCACGCUGGGCCGCGCGCGCGCCGCCCCCCCGCCCCCGCCCGCCGUCACCUCCACCAACCCCAAGACCCCGAGCCCGAGUCUGAACGGCGGCGCCGGCGUGGAGCUAGAUAAAGUGUGCGCCGAGUCGGUGCAAGACCUGAUGGCCACUAUCGCCAAGUUGGAUUCCAACGGCGUGCAGGUGCUGCCCGAGCAGCCCCGCGCCGAGCCCGCCGUGCACUCCUCCACCGACACCGCCGGCGGCACGGUGGCGCCGCCCUCGGCGACGCCCGCAGCGGCCCCCGGCGGGGACCCCAACGAGGACUGGUGCGCCGUCUGCAUGGACGGCGGCGAGCUCAUGUGCUGCGACAAGUGUCCCAAGGUGUUCCACCAGUACUGCCACAUACCCACCAUCGAGAAGCUGCCCGACGAGACGGAGACGUGGCAGUGCCUGCUGUGCGUGAACUUCGCGGAAGUGGGCGAGGAGGGGGGGGGCGCGGCCGGCGACGCCAUCUCCCCGCGGGAACAGAAGCUCAUGGAGCGCGUCACGCUCGAGCUGUACUGCCAGUACGAGCCCAGCCUGCCCUUCCGCGAGCCCGUGUCCCAGCUCAACCACGACUACCACAGCAAGAUCUCUCGGCCGAUGUGCCUGGACAUGAUCCGCAUGAAGCUGCAGCCGGGCUCGCCGACGCGCUACGCGCACGUGGCGCACUUCGUGGCCGACGUGCGGCUCAUGUUCCGCAACGCCCGUCUCUACAAUCCGCCGGAAUCGACAAUCCACUCGGACGCCGUCCGGCUGGAGCAGUUCUUCGACUUGUCGCUGGAGAAGUGGCUCCCCGCGUACGCGAGCUGGAGCGGCGAGGGCGAGCCGCCGCCCGCCAAGCGCAUGCGCGCCGACUGAGCGUGAGCGGCGGCGCGG